UGUGUCGUAUCCGGUCACUUCCUGCUUCUGAGGCUCAGGGUGGGACAGCGGAAGUGUCUGAAGAGCAUCGUCUACCUGGGAGCUUCUCCUCACCUCACCUACAUACCGUCAUCAUGCCGGCUUAUCAUUCCACAUUAAUGGAUUCUGACAUCAAGCUAACAGGAAACAUGGCAUUACUGCCAAUUAGGAGCCAGUUUAAAGGACCCGCCCCUAGAGAAACCAAGGACAAUGAUAUAAUUGACGAAGCUAUUUAUUAUUUCAAGGCAAAUGUUUUCUUCAAAAAUUAUGAAAUAAAGAAUGAAGCUGACCGAACAUUAAUAUAUAUCACUCUGUACAUUUCUGAAUGCUUAAAAAAGUUACAAAAGUGCACUUCUAAAGGCCAAGGAGAAAAGGAAAUGUACACCCUGGGAAUUACAAAUUUCCCUAUCCCAGGAGAACCAGGGUUCCCUCUUAAUGCCAUGUACAUAAAGCCUUCCAACAAGCAGGAGGAUGAGAUGAUGCGGGCCUAUUUGCAGCAGCUGAGGCAGGAGACAGGCCUGAGGCUGUGUGAAAAAGUGUUUGACCCUCAGACAGACAAGCCCAGCAAGUGGUGGAUGUGCUUUGUGAAGAGACAGUUCAUGAACAAAUCCCUGUCUGGACCUGGGCAGUAAAAUUAUGGGAUGCGAGGAGCGGAGCAGUGUAACUGUGUUCAGACUGAGCUAAAAUGUUCCAUUUUGAAAUGAGCUUUUAUACUGUUUGUAAUAUAAAUGACCACAGCCAAACCAAGAAAAAAAAUCUGGUGUGUGGAACAAUAUUGAAUGUUAAGCUGGCGCUUAAUAAAAGUGAAAAUUUGUUUCUGGAAUAAAUUUUGUUUGGUGGGUUUUGUGCUUUGCCUGUAACUCCACUGGUUGGAGAAAUCAUCGUUCCACAUCUUCUCCUGUAUGCUAAUAAAUAACAUGUUAUCCUGA